CCCGUUUCCAGGGGAAGGGGAAAUGGCUGCCGCCGUCUCCCCAUGUGACUCCUCGGAAGCCGGCGCCUCCCCCUCCCGCCGCGAAAUCCAGGUGGGGCGGCCCUCACAGAGCAGGUUUGAGCCGUUUCCGACCCCGUAGCGUCCUUGCAGAACAGCUGCGGCGCAAUCGGCCGGGCGGUGCCGGUUCGGUCUCUCUAUGGAGCGGGGCGCGGCGGUGGCUGUGAGGCGGCUCCGCGCCGCUGGUGGAGAGCGGGAGCCCCGGGCCCCGCAGCAGCCGCCGUUGCCGGGGCGCGGGGCAGAGGACUCAGGUGGGAAGAAGCGGGACUGCCCCGCCGGCGGCUCCCGGUGGCGGCUGCUUCCUGAGGCCCGGGGGGCGCUGCUCGUGCUGCUCUACCUGCUGGCACUGCGGGCCCUGGUGCAGCUCUCCCUGCGGCAGCUGCUGCGGCGGCCGGGGCCGCGGGACUUCAGCGCCCCCCGGGCCAGGGAAUAUCUUGAAAACAUAACGGCAGUUGGUCCCAGGACAGUCGGAAGUCCAGAAAAUGAAAUUCUCACAGUUAACUACCUCUUAAAACAAAUUAAGGCAAUUGAAAUAGAAAGCAGUGAUGCACACAAGAUUUCUGUAGAUAUACAGAGGCCAACAGGCUCCUUCAGCAUUGACUUCUUAGGUGGCUUUACCAGUUACUAUGCGAACAUAACUAAUGUUGUGGUUAAGCUGGAGCCCAGAAGUGGAGCUAAGCAUGCCGUGCUAUCCAAUUGCCACUUUGACUCUGUACCAAAUACCCCAGGUGCCAGUGAUGAUGCUGUUAGUUGCUCAGUGAUGCUUGAAAUACUGAACACUCUCUCAAAGUCAUCUGAUCCCUUGCAACAUGCUGUCAUAUUCCUUUUCAACGGUGCAGAAGAAAAUAUCUUGCAGGCUAGUCAUGGCUUCAUUACACAACACCGCUGGGCCAAGUCGAUUAGAGCAUUUAUUAACCUGGAGGCAGCAGGUGUAGGAGGGAAAGAACUUGUAUUUCAGACAGGGCCUGAAAAUCCUUGGUUGGUACAAGCAUAUGUCUUUGCAGCCAAGCAUCCCUUUGCCUCUGUGGUGGCACAGGAAGUGUUUCAGAGUGGAAUUAUCCCUGCAGAUACAGACUUCCGUAUCUACAGGGACUUCGGGAAUAUUCCAGGAAUAGACUUGGCUUUUAUUGAAAAUGGCUACAUUUACCAUACAAAAUAUGACACACCAGACAGAAUACUAACGGAUUCAAUUCAGAGAGCAGGUGACAAUAUAUUAGGAAUGCUAAAAUACUUAGCAACAUCAGAUAAAUUGGCCAAAUCUUUUGACUAUCGGCAUGGAAAUGUGGUCUUCUUUGAUGUAUUUGGUCUGUUUGUCCUGGCCUACCCUGCUCGUGUUGGCACCAUCAUGAACUAUAUAAUAACUGCAGUUACUGUCCUUUAUCUAGGAAAAAAAAUAUUACAGCCCAGAAACAGGGCUAUUAACUACAUGAAGGAGCUCUCCAUUGCAUUUGGCUUCACAUUGUUAAGUUGGUUCUCCACAUUAGUGACUGUCCUUAUUGUGGCAGUGUUCAUCUCUCUCAUCGGACGGUCUCUUUCUUGGUAUAACCACUUCUAUGUCUCCAUCUUCUUGUAUGGAACUGCAGCUGCAGCUAAACUAAUCCUUGUGCACACGUUAGCCAAAAAGUUCUAUUAUAAGAAUACAAAUGAGCAGUACCUGGGGGAGAUGUUCUUUGAUGUCUCACUUCUUGUUUGGUCUAUUGCAUUGGUUCUAAUCACUCAGCUAGGCCUUUGCUCUGCAUUCAUCUGUGCAAUGUGGGUAGCGUUUCCUUUACUCACAAAACUAUUGACCUAUAGAGAAUUCAAACAAAAAGGUGCCACAAUAAGAUUUGUCGUGAUUUACAUGCUGGGAAUGUUUAUUCCAUACCUGUAUAUAAUGUACCUCACCUGGACGAUAUUUGAAAUGUUCAUUCCCAUCAUGGGUCGAAGUGGUACAGAAAUUCCACCUGAUGUAGUGCUGGCAGCCUUUAUCCUUAGCAGCACUGUAAUUCUAUCUUCCUAUUUUCUUAACUUCAUCUAUCUUGCCAAAAGUACAAAGAAGACACUGAUAACUUUAACUACAGUGUUUGGAGUUACACUAAUUCUUGUUUGCAGUGGAGUAUUCUUCCCAUACAGUUCUGAUUCUGCUAAUCCAAAGCCUAAGCGAGUCUUUCUCCAGCACGUGAGCAGAAGAUUUUAUGGCCUAAAUGGAAAUUUGGUAAAAAGUGAUUCUGGAAUAUGGAUUAAUGGGUUGGACUAUGCUGGAAUAUCUCACAUCACUCCUUACGUACCUGAACUCAAUGACACUAUCAGAACUAAUUGUGAGGACAAAGCCCCUCUCUGUGGCUUUCCUUGGAUUCUUCCUGUGCACUUUCUUCUCAGAAAGAACUGGUAUCUUCCUGCUGAAGAAAUUUCUCCCACAAACCCUGUUCACUUUAAACUUCUGGCCAAAGAGCAAAUGCACUGGGAUUCUACAAAGUUAACCUUUGAAGUAUCAGGUCCCAGUCACAUGUCGCUGUACAUUCGACCACAUGAAGGGUCAACACUGUCCAGCUGGUCUCUUGGAGAUGGAAUUCCUGUUGCUAAUAUAGGAGGGGAUUAUUUUGUGUUUUACGCUCAUGGGCUGCAGGCUGUGGCAUGGCGCUUCUGGAUAGAGUUGAAGGCUGCAGAAAAGCACUCUGAUGGAAUGGUUUCCCUCGCCAUAGCAGCACAUUAUUUCUUUGGGGAAGAUCAAAAGUCACCUCAGCUGUAUGCCUUAAUGGAGAGAUUUCCAAACUGGACAUUUCCUUCUGGUUGGGUCUGCACCUAUGACCUCUUUGUCUUUUAGUCUUGCAGCAAUGCAAAGAUGAAAGAUUAGUGUCACUGUGUCAGAAGAUUCAACUCUCAUUCAUGAGUUCAUUCUGGCAAGGUGCACAAGAUGGUUUUCACAAAUCUGUGGCAAACAUAUUGGACACAAGAUUGUUUCUGUGGUAGCUUGACUGCUUAAAGGAUAAGCAGGGUUCCUGUCCUCUUUCUCUGGGAGUGGGUGGUCUUGCCCUCUCGGGCUGGGGGGAGAAGUGCCUCCAUAUUUAUGCAACUAUAAUUCAGCUGUUUCUCGCACUGACGUGGCAGUUUGACUAGUGUGGAUCUAAGAUGAAGACUGCAUUUGGGGAGGUAACUUUAAUGAGGGUCUUUGUAAAGGAAUUCUCACAAUGUUGUAAAAUACUCAUCAGGUUUUAAAUACAUAUGGAUGCUAUCACCUACAAACACUUAGUCCUACCUGUCCUAUUAAAAUAAAAUAAGGUUUUGGCUAAAA